GUGAAGAAGAAGACUGGAAAUAGUAAUACCCAGGCUCCUGAAAACUCCUUGCUUUUGAAUCUGCUGUGUGCUCUCGCGGUGGCACAGCCCAUGGACACAAGUCCAUUUCUCCCGAGGGGUUUGAGUGCGUAGUGCCAGGAGUCUCCCGGCAGAGGGCGACGCGGGCCCUCGAGUCCUCUGCCCAACUGGGCGGCGGGGACGGGGCAUCCCCAGGCCUGGGGCGGGGCCUCGCGUUCACGUGACCCUCGCUCAUGGCGGCGGCGGUAGCGGCGGCGCUUGUGGCCGAGCGCCGGAGCCGGAUCUUUUAGCCCGGGUGUGGGCUCGCGUCAGUCCGUCCGUCCUUCGGCCCCCUCUGUUGUCUUCCGGAGUGCGGCUGGUGGAGCCGGGAUGGCGGAGCGAGGCCUGGAGCCAUCGCCGGCUGCGGUGGCGGCGCUGCCGCCCGAAGUGCGCGCCCAGCUGGCGGAGCUGGAGCUGGAGCUCUCGGAGGGGGACAUCACACAGAAGGGAUAUGAAAAGAAAAGGUCCAAACUCCUGUCUCCAUACAGCCCACAGACACAAGAAACUGAUUCAGCAGUGCAGAAAGAACAUAGAAACCAGACACCUGCUCCAGCUGCAGCUCAAACUUCGGCUCCCUCUAAGUACCACCGAACUCGAUCUGGAGGAGCCAGGGAUGAACGAUACCGAUCAGAUAUCCACACAGAAGCAGUUCAAGCUGCACUGGCAAAGCAUAAAGAACAGAAAAUGGCUUUGCCCAUGCCCACCAAAAGAAGGUCCACAUUCGUCCAGUCCCCUGCGGAUGCCUGCACACCUCCUGACACGUCUUCGGCCUCUGAGGAUGAGGGCUCUCUGAGACGCCAAGCUGCGCUCUCUGCUGCCUUGCAACAGAGCUUACAGAAUGCUGAGUCCUGGAUCAACCGUUCAAUUCAGGGAUCGUCCACCUCUUCCUCUGCAUCUUCUACGCUGUCCCACGGAGAGGUCAAAGGAACCAGUGGGUCCCUAGCUGAUGUAUUUGCCAAUACUCGAAUAGAGAAUUUCUCUGCUCCCCCUGAUGUCACUACAACUACCUCUUCCUCAUCAUCCUCCGUACGCCCAGCAAAUAUUGACCUGCCCCCCUCUGGAAUAGUUAAAGGCAUGCACAAAGGAUCCAACAGGUCCAGCCUUAUGGAUACAGCGGACGGUGUUCCUGUCAAUAGCAGAGUAUCCACAAAAAUCCAGCAGCUUCUCAAUACUCUGAAACGACCCAAAAGGCCUCCAUUAAAGGAAUUUUUUGUGGAUGACUCUGAAGAAAUUGUGGAAGUACCUCAGCCAGACCCCAACCAGCCCAAGCCUGAGGGCCGACAGAUGACACCUGUGAAGGGGGAGCCCCUGGGCGUUAUCUGUAACUGGCCACCUGCUCUAGAAUCUGCCCUGCAGCGCUGGGGCGCCACUCAAGCCAAGUGCCCCUGUCUGACUGCGCUGGAUGUGACAGGGAAACCUGUUUACACGCUCACAUACGGAAAGUUGUGGAGCAGAAGUUUAAAAUUGGCCUACACACUGCUUAAUAAACUGGGGACCAAAAAUGAACCUGUGUUAAAACCAGGAGACAGGGUAGCUCUGGUUUACCCCAACAAUGAUCCAGUCAUGUUUAUGGUAGCUUUCUAUGGAUGUCUCCUCGCAGAAGUGAUUCCAGUGCCUAUAGAGGUACCACUUACCAGAAAGGAUGCCGGAGGUCAACAGAUUGGCUUCUUACUAGGAAGCUGUGGUAUUGCCUUAGCUCUUACCAGUGAAGUUUGUCUAAAGGGACUGCCAAAAACCCAGAAUGGAGAAAUUGUGCAGUUUAAAGGUUGGCCCCGGCUCAAGUGGGUUGUAACAGAUUCCAAGUACCUUUCCAAGCCACCUAAAGACUGGCAGCCCCACAUACCACCUGCUGGUACAGAACCAGCAUACAUUGAGUAUAAAACCAGCAAAGAAGGGAGUGUAAUGGGAGUUACAGUGUCCCGGCUUGCAAUGUUGUCUCACUGCCAAGCUCUGUCGCAGGCCUGCAAUUAUUCUGAAGGAGAAACAGUAGUAAAUGUUUUAGACUUUAAGAAGGAUGCUGGACUAUGGCACGGCAUGUUUUCGAAUGUAAUGAAUAAGAUGCAUACAAUUUGCGUGCCCUACUCUGUUAUGAAGACCUGUCCUCUCUCUUGGGUCCAGAGAGUACAUGCCCACAAAGCCAAAGUAGCUUUAGUAAAAUGUCGAGACUUACACUGGGCUAUGAUGGCACAUCGGGACCAGAGGGAUGUGAGCCUGAGUUCUCUCCGAAUGUUAAUUGUGACUGAUGGAUCUAAUCCCUGGUCUGUGUCAUCCUGUGAUGCCUUCCUGAGUCUGUUCCAAAGCCACGGGCUGAAACCUGAGGCCAUUUGUCCGUGUGCGACAUCUGCUGAAGCCAUGACUGUAGCAAUCCGAAGGCCCGGAGUUCCAGGGGCUCCUCUGCCAGGAAGAGCCAUUCUCUCAAUGAAUGGGUUGAGCUAUGGGGUAAUACGGGUCAAUACUGAGGAUAAAAAUUCAGCGCUGACCGUCCAGGAUGUAGGUCAUGUAAUGCCUGGGGGAAUGAUGUGCAUUGUGAAACCAGAUGGACCUCCCCAGCUCUGCAAAACGGAUGAAAUUGGAGAAAUCUGUGUUAGCUCCAGAACUGGAGGCAUGAUGUACUUUGGGCUUGCUGGUGUGACAAAAAACACCUUUGAGGUGAUUCCAGUGAAUUCUGCAGGCUCUCCUGUUGGAGAUGUGCCAUUCAUCCGGUCAGGAUUGUUGGGAUUUGUAGGCCCAGGCAGCUUGGUGUUCGUAGUUGGAAAAAUGGAUGGGUUACUAAUGGUUAGUGGUCGAAGACAUAAUGCUGAUGACAUUGUUGCCACUGGACUGGCUGUGGAGUCAAUAAAGACUGUUUACAGAGGACGAAUUGCUGUGUUUUCUGUGUCUGUAUUUUAUGAUGAGCGCAUCGUGGUGGUUGCAGAACAAAGACCUGAUGCCUCCGAAGAAGACAGCUUCCAGUGGAUGAGCCGCGUGCUGCAGGCAAUCGAUAGCAUUCAUCAAGUAGGGGUCUAUUGUCUUGCUCUGGUGCCUGCCAAUACAUUGCCAAAAACGCCACUAGGAGGGAUCCAUAUAUCUCAGACCAAACAGCUCUUUCUGGAGGGAUCUCUACAUCCUUGCAACAUACUUAUGUGCCCACAUACGUGUGUGACGAAUUUGCCAAAGCCCCGGCAAAAGCAACCAGGUGUUGGCCCUGCUUCUGUGAUGGUUGGGAAUCUGGUUGCUGGAAAACGCAUAGCACAAGCUGCAGGAAGGGAUCUGGGCCAAAUUGAAGAAAAUGAUUUAGUGAGGAAGCACCAGUUUCUGGCAGAGAUUUUGCAGUGGCGAGCCCAGGCAACUCCUGACCAUGUCCUCUUCAUGCUGCUAAAUGCCAAGGGAACUACUGUGUGCACAGCCAGCUGUCUUCAGCUUCAUAAGCGAGCGGAGAGGACUGCAUCAGUCCUGGGUGACAAAGGACAUCUAAAUGCAGGAGACAAUGUGGUGUUGCUUUACCCACCCGGCAUCGAGUUGAUUGCUGCAUUCUACGGCUGCCUGUAUGCAGGGUGUAUACCUGUGACCGUCAGACCGCCUCACGCCCAGAACCUUACUGCCACAUUGCCUACUGUCCGUAUGAUUGUUGAUGUUAGCAAAGCAGCUUGUAUUCUUACCACCCAGACCCUAAUGAGGUUACUAAGGUCCCGGGAGGCGGCUGCAGCUGUGGAUGUGAAAACCUGGCCGACCAUCAUCGAUACAGAUGAUUUACCCAGGAAAAGGUUACCUCAGCUGUAUAAACCACCCACUCCUGAGAUGUUGGCAUAUCUUGAUUUCAGUGUCUCCACGACUGGCAUGCUUACUGGAGUGAAGAUGUCCCACUCUGCAGUUAAUGCUCUCUGUAGAGCCAUCAAGCUCCAGUGUGAGUUGUAUUCUUCUCGGCAGAUCGCCAUCUGCCUUGACCCUUACUGUGGACUUGGCUUUGCACUCUGGUGUCUCUGCAGUGUCUAUUCAGGUCACCAAUCCAUCUUAAUUCCUCCUAUGGAGUUAGAAAACAACCUUUUUCUCUGGCUUGCCACAGUCAACCAGUACAAAAUAAGGGAUACCUUCUGCUCCUAUUCUGUAAUGGAGCUUUGCACUAAAGGGCUGGGAAACCAAGUGGAGGUACUAAAGACAAGAGGGAUCAACCUGUCCUGCAUCCGGACCUGUGUGGUGGUGGCAGAGGAGCGGCCCCGCAUCACCCUCCAGCAGUCCUUCUCCAAGCUCUUUAAAGACAUUGGUCUGUCUCCUCGGGCUGUCAGCACCACUUUUGGAUCCAGAGUCAAUGUAGCGAUAUGUUUACAGGGAACGUCAGGACCUGAUCCCACUACUGUGUACGUCGAUCUGAAAUCAUUAAGACAUGACAGGGUUCGUCUUGUGGAGCGGGGAGCCCCCCAGAGUCUGCUGCUGUCAGAGUCUGGAAAGAUUUUACCUGGUGUGAAAGUAGUUAUUGUUAAUCCUGAGACCAAAGGCCCUGUUGGAGACUCUCACCUGGGCGAGAUCUGGGUGAACAGUCUCCAUACAGCAAGCGGCUACUAUACCAUCUAUGACAGUGAGACUCUGCAAGCCGAUCAUUUCAACACUCGCCUCAGCUUUGGGGAUGCUGCUCAGACACUCUGGGCUCGAACAGGAUACCUUGGGUUCGUCCGCAGGACUGAGCUCACAGCAGCCACUGGAGAGCGUCACGACGCGCUGUAUGUGGUGGGAGCUCUGGAUGAAACGCUGGAGCUGAGAGGAUUACGAUACCACCCCAUCGACAUUGAGACCUCAGUGUCUCGGAUCCAUAGGAGCAUUGCUGAAUGUGCUGUGUUCACAUGGACCAACUUGCUUGUGGUGGUUGUGGAACUGUGUGGCUCUGAACAAGAAGCCCUGGACCUGGUUCCUUUAGUGACCAAUGUGGUCCUGGAAGAGCAUUACCUCAUCGUUGGUGUUGUGGUUGUGGUGGACCCAGGUGUUAUCCCGAUCAACUCCCGGGGAGAGAAGCAAAGGAUGCACCUCCGGGACAGCUUCCUAGCUGACCAGUUAGACCCCAUCUACGUGGCUUACAACAUGUAGCCAGCCUUGCAGACAGCGUCCUGAGGUUCACAGAGACUGAAGACCCAUGGCGAGGAGCAAGCUUUCAGAUGAUGUGAAGUAAGCUGAGCUGGCUGUUACAUCCUUCAUCUCAUUCUGUGGGAUUCUGCAAUCAUACAGCGCGCAAGAAAGGGGAAAUCUGCAGUGGCAAAUGAAAAAAAUGUGAACAGUCUGUUAAACCUGAGCUUCAGCAGAGCGUGAGCAGCACGUUUGCAUGUUGCAUUUUUUUCAUCUGUUGUACAUAUUUGUAUUUUUGUCUAAUGCCGUUUUAGAAUUUUGUAAGGGAGUUUAAUGAAUUCACGUGAAGGGGUAGCCCGAGUUACACAGAUCCCCGCUCUGUACUGUAUUUUGCCACUUUCCCAUAGCUAGAUAGUCUGCCGGUUUUCUUAACAUGAAACUACUCAGCUUACUUUCAGUCAACCCAUGAGCAAAAUUGAUAACCCACUGAAUAUGUGAAUUACUUUAUAUAUAUAAUUCUUGACUGUAAAACAUUUUGACCAGUGUUUCAGGCAUGUAAAUACACUUAAUUCAGCUAAAGAAUUGAAAUUGGCUUAUAUAAUUACAAGAGUAGAAACUGUUCUACUGUGAAUUUCAUCAUUUUCUUAAUGUAGUAUAAUUGAUUAGAUAACUAAAAAGUGCAAAUUGUUAGCAGGUUUUGCUGCACAUUGUUUUGUCUUUGUUGGCUGGUGUAUUUCAUAAACUAAAGCUGCCUAUAUUUGUUUUUAAAGCUUGCAUUCCUGGAAUCAGCUUAAACUUCUAAAAUUUAUCCUGUUUCAAUGAGAUAAAAAUUUGAAUUUAAAAAUUAAAUGUUAAGAAAAAGCUAAAAUGCAUUAGAUCCCACCCUAUCCUAAGGAACCACAGAAGCUCGCUCUAGCCCAGUCUUUGAAACUGUCUUUCACAUUUAGAGUGACUACAGAAAAUUUAGAAUUUCCUCUUUUUCCUGUCCUUUGUAAACUGCAUCUGCAGUUUAUACAUAGAGCUUGUCUUUUACUGAAAACCGAGGAGUGUCCCCCAUCCCUCAGGUGGUGAGGAGGGCAGGGAGCUCAAAGGCAAGAAUGAUAGGCUGUAAAAUGGGAUCGGCCAUCACAUGGAACUGUAAGGCCAAAUAACUGCACAUCUCAUAACUGACCAUUUGGGUUGCCAGAAUAGCCAGGCUUACACUGAAAUAGGGAAGUCUGACAUCUGAAGAAACUCUGUUGAAAUAAUUAGUGCCUAGGCCAAGCACACUAAGUGUGGGACUGAGUUUGGCCUCCGGCUCAGUUUCCUUUCUUUGAUCUGAUACUUCAUGUAUUUGAAUAUAAUUAAAUUUUAUUAUUUUUUUCUUACAGAAAUAUUUUUAAAAAUUAAAACCUCAAAAGUGAAAAGAAUUAACUUGUCAAAUCAGAAUGGUUCUCUUUGGCCCAUUCUGAUGUGUUGUGUAAAUAUUUCUUUAGACUAUUUUAAUAAUACAUAUUAUUUACCCCCCUGUAACAUCCUGUAAACUAAAUGUGUUUUUAAACAAUUUGUAGGACUUGUAAUUACCCUGAAAAUAAGAUUUAUAAAGCAAAGACCAGGCCCACCUUGAGGCAGUGCCCCGGGGCUGCCUUUGCAGUUUUGUGGCUCAGGGCCACUUUCUCGCUCCUUUUCACAUCAUCCUCUUUUCCUCCUAGCUCAUCCUCCACAUUGGGAAGACCUCGCGAUACUUCCAGUUCAGAUCUCUUUUUCCACAUUUUGGAUGGAAUUAAUUUACACGUGAUGGGGGAGGUUCUAGGAUGUACAGAAAAAAGCGCGUCCAUUGGGGCUAAUGAAAUCCCAGUCUCUAGCGAUGGUUUGGUUUGCAGAGAACACAACCCACUUAUUUGGGAAGUAAUGUUAUUAAAACAACUUUUAGUAAUUCACUAACCAAAGCAGUGGAACCUGAGUAUUAAAUAGUUUUAUCUCCAUAAUCCCCAAAUUCUAAGAAAAAAUUAUAGGCAGCAUCAGUCCUGAGUUGACUGAUAAUUCUUAUAUACACAAGUUAGGUCAUCAGUACCCAGGGACUCAUUGUCCAUCAUAAAUGUAAUAAUGUGAGCCACACGUGUAAUUUUAAAAAUUCUAGUCACCACAUUUAAAAACUGAAGAAAAAGGUUAUAUCAGUUUUAAUGUAUUUAACUUAACCUAGCAUAUCAGAAAUACUGUUUCAAUGUGAAAUCAGUAUAAAAAUUAUUAAUGAGGUCUUUUACAUUUUUUGUAUUAACUGUAUAUUAAAUACAUCUCAGUUUGGAUUAGCUAUAUCUCAGAGUCUUCAGUAGUCCUGUGUGGCUAAUGGCUAUCAUGUUGGACAGCACAGGCCUAUACACAUUCCUUCAAGUACAAUACUCAUCUCAGAGUGUGGCCAGCUCCCAUUACGUGGGGCUGAUCACCCAGUGUCCUUGUUUCUCAGGCCUCUAUCUUUAUUUUUUACUUUCUGGCUCAUGUAUAGCGGCUUUGACUUUUUUGCAUAUGCCCCAAAGUCACGCUGUGCUAUUGGAAAAAGGUAAGCUGAGAGCUGUCUUUGGGGAACCUCAUCAGUAACUGGUGAAAAAUCUUUGGAGGCAGAGCAGAGUCCUCUCUUAGCCCUAAUGGUGUUUGUGGGUCAUCUGCAUAUUUAAGGUCUAUCUUUAGGCCUCUCUUAAGGUCUGUUACAGACUUGAGUAAAAAUUUAUUUUUCUUUUGAUGACAUAAUACUCUGCCCUUUCCUUAAGUGGAAGCUGUGUGGUAGGACUAUUUAAGCAGGCCUGAAAGGCCAUUUAUUUUUUUUUAGGCCAUUAUUGAUUUAAAAAAAAAAAACCCUGCAGCCUUUCCAGUCCUGCAGAACACAUCCUGUGUGGGAUUUUAGGCUAUAAAGGAAGGAAGGCAGUCAACAGCAAGCCCCCAUCUUGUUAGAAAGCUUUUGAUCUGAAAAUUUCUCAACCUCUUUAUUUAUGGUCCUUAGCAGAAGUAACUGAGGUAGGGCUGGGGAUUUAGCUCAGUGUUUCUGCCACCUGCCUCACAAGUGCAAGGUCCUGAGUUCGAUCCCUGGUACCAAAAAAAAGAGAAGUCUUAAAAAAGAAGUAACUGGCUGGGGAUUUAGCUCUGUGGUUCCAUCGCCUGCCUUGCAAGCACAAGGUCCCAAGUUCGAUCCCCGGUACCAAAAAAAAAAAAAGAAGUAACUUAGGUAGAUCAAGAAGGGGCUGCCUGAGGAAAAUUCCUAGGCCCUAGAGAUUCUUAGAGCUGCACAAAUGCCAUCUUGUGCCUCAGUGAGACCCUGGGAUGUCCAUCUUGCUACUUGCCAUUAGGGAAUCUAUAUGAUUGUUUUUGUUAUGGGGGUGGGGGGUGUCCUAAAGAUUGAACCCAGAGCCUUUGCACUAAGCUACAUCCCCAGCUUUUUUUUAUUUUUUAAGACAGGGUCUCACUAAAGCGCCCAGGCUGGCUUCAAACUUGUGACCUUCCUGCCUCAGCCACUUGAGUGUCUGGAAUUACAGGCAGAGACACCAUGGCUGGCUUCCUCGAAGUCUUUAACUCCUGCCACAUGAAGGGCCCAGUUCUCCCCAGUACCGUACUAAGCUCCUUCCUUCUGCAGUUGUCUCCUCAGGCUGUUAUGGGACCAUCAGCUGUCAGGAUCUUGAGUGUCACUCCUCACUGUAGUCCCUGGGCGAUGCUUGCUUAUUGCUUUUGUUGAAUCAACAAAGGGCCUGAGGCCUUAAGUUUGUAUUAAGGUCGCUGCCCCAGGCAUGGUGCUCAAUUUCUUGGCCAAAUAAAUUACUUUCCUUAAAUAUCCAGGAAUCUUUUAGACUAAAGCACGAGGAGUUAUCACCUCAUCCUCAAACUCCAACAUGAUCUUUGCCUUAGUGGUGUCAUUUUUGUUGUCUGCUUUGAUGUAAAAGCAAGAGUAUUUGGAGCAAGAAGUUGCAGUAUUCCAAAUACAUAAUAGGCCUUUUCUUAUCAUUUAUACCACACUUCUGGUUUAGUUAUUAUAGAUGGGCCAUUUUAUUUGUCCAGAGGAAGAGAUUGUAAAGAUAUAAGAAUAAUUUUUUAGUCCUAAAUGCUGUUUUGUUUACUUUGUGUCAAGAUAUUUACCCAUGUCAAAUUCAAACUAUAGUACUGUGUAAUUAUGUAUAAAGUUUUUUAUUUAUUUGAAAUUAGACUAGAUAUACAUUUUUAAAUUUAACAUCUGGCUGGACAGUGUUCUAUUAACUCAUUGAAUGUGUUUCCUUUGUCUUGUGUUAAUAAAUAUUGAUGCCUGAUUG